AUGACCGCACCAUCUGCACAGCCAGGGACCAUCAUUACCCAGCCGCCUCCGCCCGCUGCCAACCGCGAGAGCCGGAUCGCGGCACACUCCCACAUCAAGGGGUUGGGACUCGCGGAUGACGGGACGGCAAUGGAGAGUUCGCAGGGGUUUGUGGGGCAGCGGAACGCGCGCGAGGCCCUCGGACUGCAUCUCGCUCUGCUGCGGCAGGGGAGGCAUUCGGGGAGGCCGCUGUUACUUGUUGGGCCGCCGGGGACUGGUAAGACCGCGCUCGCUGUCGCGUUAUCGCAAGAACUCGGGUCCAAGGUCCCCUUCUGUGCGGUCGUCGGCUCCGAGGUGUACUCUGGCGAGGUGAAGAAGACUGAGGUGCUCUCCAGCUGUUUCAGGCGAGCAAUCGGCCUCCGCAUCAAGGAGACCAAGGAGGUCUACGAGGGCGAGGUCACUGAGUUGACGCCCUCCGAGGCAGAGAACCCGCUCAGCGGCUACGGCAAGACAAUCUCGCACGUGAUUGUUGGCCUCAAGACAGUCAAGGGCACCAAGCAGCUGCGUCUCGACCCAAGUGUGUACGAGGCGAUCCAGAAGGAGCGUGUGGUAGUGGGCGACGUCAUCUACAUUGAGGCGAACACGGGUGCGGUCAAGCGCGUAGGCCGGUCGGACGCGUACGCGACCGAGUACGACCUCGAGGCGGAGGAAUACGUCCCACUGCCCAAGGGCGACGUGCACAAGCGCAAGGAGCUGGUGCAGGAUGUGACGUUGCAUGACCUGGACAUGGCCAACGCGCGCCCACAGGGCGGACAGGACAUUAUGAGUGUGAUGGGGCAGCUCGUCAAGGGCGGGCGCACGGAGGUGACGGACAAGCUGCGCCGCGAGAUCAACAAGGUGGUUGACAAGUACAUCGAGCAGGGCGUCGCCGAGCUCGUGCCGGGUGUCGUCUUCAUUGACGAGGUGCACAUGCUUGACAUGGAGUGCUUCACGUACCUGAACCGUGCCCUCGAGUCGCCUCUCUCGCCAUACGUCGUGUUCGCGAGCAACCGCGGUGUGUGCACCAUCCGCGGCACCGAGUUCGACGGCAGCUUCAGCGCCGGCAUCCGCUCGCCCCACGGCGUCCCCGUUGACCUUCUCGACCGGUGCAUGAUCGUCAAGACGGAGCCGUACAGUCGGGACGAGGUGCGCAGCGUCGUCGACACGCGUACGCGCGUCGAGGGCAUCGCUGUCACGCCUGAAGCACUCGACCGCCUCGCAGACGAGGGCGAGAAGAGCUCGCUCCGCUACGCUCUUCAGCUCCUCACGCCAGCCAGCAUUCUCGCCAAGACGGCUGGCCGCACAGAGGUCGGCGUGUCUGACAUUGAUGAGCUCGGAUCGCUGUUCCUUGACACGAAGCGGAGUACCAACGUGCUCAAGGACCUGGACGCGAACACCAAGGUGUACUAA